ACUCCCCCCCCCCCCCCCCCCAUAUUACUCUAUUGGUUUGUUCCGAUGUUCUGAGCGGAACCCAACGUUGUUAUGAGGAAGUGAAGGGCGGUGGUUGAGAAGACGAGCAGCACUGAGCUAGUUGAAAAGUCCGGUCGUAGUCAGGAACAAAACAGUCAUCAUGUCUAGCAAAAGGGCAAAGGGAAAGACCACAAAGAAGCGCCCUCAGCGCGCCACAUCCAAUGUCUUCGCCAUGUUUGACCAGUCUCAGAUUCAGGAGUUCAAGGAGGCCUUCAACAUGAUUGAUCAGAACCGUGAUGGGUUUGUCGAUAAAGAGGACCUUCACGACAUGCUGGCCUCGCUGGGUAAAAAUCCAACUGAUGAGUACCUGGAGGCCAUGAUGAUGGAAGCUCCUGGACCCAUUAACUUCACCAUGUUCCUCACCAUGUUUGGAGAGAAGCUCAAUGGCACAGACCCUGAAGAUGUGAUCAGAAAUGCAUUUGCUUGUUUCGAUGAGGAGGGGACAGGUUUCAUCCAGGAAGAUUACCUCAGAGAGCUGCUGACAACAAUGGGUGACCGGUUUACAGAUGAAGAGGUUGACGAGCUCUUCAGGGAAGCCCCCAUUGACAAGAAAAGCAACUUCAACUAUGUGGAGUUCACACGCAUCCUAAAGCAUGGUGCCAAGGAUAAGGACGAUUAAAGAGCCAAACCAGCAAACUCAUCUUCGCCCUCUUCGCCUCUUUCCAUCAGCUAGAUGACCGUGCUGCAUGUCUCGACUCUCCAGUAUAGAAUCCUUUUUUAAAAAACAAAGCAAUAACUGUUUACUCUGUAUUGUGGACUUCCAAUAUUGCCAAAUGUAUACAUCUCUGAUGAGAAGAAAAAAAAAAAUCAAAUUGGUUUCGUAAUCAUUUUUUUCCUGUCAUUUAAAGAUGUGAAGCGGCAGCACUCUGGAAGCUCUAGGGGACAAGUCUUUGCAAUUCAUGUGAUCGGGUAUAGCUGAAUUUUUACAUUUUAUAAUAUAAACUUUUUAAAUAAAGCCCUCUUUCAAGUUAUAUUUUGCCGACUGUUUCCCUUCCAUAAACGACAUUUGAAACAA